AUACGAGGCGGCCAUCAUAAUCAUUCACUGAAGACAAAACAAAUAAACCCAUUUUUACAAUUACAAUUUAAAACUCUAAUUCAACAAAAUCAAGCAGCUCCAUCAAAACCACAAAGCUGGAAUCGCACCGUUGCCUCUCAGAAACAAAUUGGAGUCUCACCGACCUCUACUCGCCGGAAAAUCUAACCGGAGUUAAUCGUCGAUCGCCAGAAACAGUAUAUUAGGGAUGGCACAAGAUGCUGGUAUGUUCACGGUUCACCAAACAAUUGGCAGUGUUUUGUGUUGCAAAUGUGGGAUACGAAUGCAACCAAAUGCAGCCAAUAUGUGUGUGAAGUGUUUGCGCUCAGAAGUUGAUAUUACUGAAGGGUUACUGAAGCGUCUGGUGCUUGUUCAUUGCCCCGAGUGUGAAAGUUACUUGCAGCCACCGAGAACUUGGGUCAAACUACAGUUAGAAUCAAAGGAGCUGCUGACAUUUUGCUUGAAAAAAUUGCAGAAGAAUAUGAAUAUCAAUAAAGUAAAGUUGGUAAAUGCUGAAUUUAUUUGGACCGAGCCCCAUUCCAAGAGGGUGAAAGUCAAAGUAAGUGUUCAGAAGGAGGUUUAUAACGGUGCAAUUCUCGAACAGUCUUACCUUGUUGAGUAUGUUCAACAGGAUCACAUGUGUGAAUCUUGUUCCAGGGUUGCGGCCAACCCUGAUCAGUGGGUUGCUGCUGUACAACUCAGGCAGCAUGUCUCUCAUAGGCGUACUUUCUAUUAUUUGGAGCAGCUAAUUCUGAGGCAUGGUGCCGCUGCUCGUGCUGUCAGAAUCAAACAGAUGGAUCAUGGUAUUGACUUCUAUUUCUCUAAUCGUAGUCAUGGUAACAAGUUUGUUGAAUUUAUAGGGAAAGUAGCUCCUGUAAAGAGUCGCAGUGAUAAGCAACUUGUUUCUCAUGAUUCAAAGAGUAAUAACUACAAUUAUAAAUACACAUUUUCCGUUGAAAUCAGCCCCAUUUGUCGUGAGGAUUUAAUCUGUUUGCCUCCUAAAGCUGCUGCAAUUUUGGGAAAUAUUGGUCCUAUUGUGGUUUGCACCAAGGUUACUAACAGCAUUGCUUUGCUUGAUCCACUUACCUUGAAGUUCGGUUUCUUAGAUGCUGAGCAGUAUUGGAGGACAUCCUUCAAGUCUUUACUUACCAGCAGACAGUUAGUGGAAUAUAUAGUGUUUGAUAUUGAACCUGUUUCAUCUGAGAUUACUGUCGGUGGCACGAAAUAUGUUUUAGCUGAUGCUCAAGUGGCUCGUGUGUCUGAUUUUGGAAGUAAUGACACACAGUUUUCUAUCAGAACUCAUUUGGGCCAUCUUUUAAAGCCUGGUGACCAUGCUCUUGGUUAUGACUUGUAUGGUGCUAACACCAAUGACAUGGAAUUGGACAGGUACAAAGGAUAUAUUCCUGAAGUGGUUUUAAUAAAGAAGAGUUAUGAAGAGAAACGCCAGAAGAAACGCGCGAAGGCUCGUUCAUGGAAGCUUAAAUCACUUAACAUGGAGGUUGAUGAUAAGAUUAAAGUUGAUGAAGAUAAGAGGGACGCAGAAUAUGAACAUUUCUUAAAAGAUCUAGAAGAAAACCCUGAACUGCGAUUCAACAUAUCAUUAUACCAAAAUAAAGACUAUCAGCCAUCAGAGGUGGCAUCUGUAACUGAGGAUGAUGGUGAACCGAUACCUUCUGUUCCAGAUGAUGAGUUGCUGGCUGCUAAUUUGCUGGCUGCUGAGUUUGACGAUCUUGAUCUGAUUGAGGAUGGUGAUGGGGAGGAUAACAUGGUAGAAUAAGCAAAAGUCACUUCUAUCCUAAAAUAGAAAUUUAUAUGUUGAAUCUCAGUUUUGUUGAUGUCAUGGGUACUCCUUUUUCGUUUGUGCUGUUUUAAUUUUCAAUCUGUGUUUUUAUUUACUGCAAGAAUGAUAGAAUGGUUGUUUUUCAGAUAUAGUAAUAAUUCAUAUAAUUAUUUUAUUGUGC